GUGGGAAGCCUAGACCAUCAUUUCCUACAUAGUACAGAUUUGAGCAUACGUCGACAAAUCCCUCAGUACCCCAUCACUGUACUCAUCCCCAUCCUCUCUCUCUCUCUCUCCUCUCUCUCUCUCUCUAGAAACACACCAAUACACCAUAAGAAAAAGAUAUACAAAGUACAAACAACAAACAUCACCAGAGACCCGUGAGAGUUACUAACCUGACCUGACCUGACCUACAUGGCCGGACCUGGACCUGGACCUGGACCUGGACCUUCCUCCGCCACCACCACCACCACCAUCAACGACCUCCCCGACGUGAUCCUCUCCAACAUAAUCGCCGCCGUCUCCGACACCCGCAGCCGCAACGCCGCAGCACUCGUCUGCGUCAAGUGGCUGGUCCUGGAGCGCGCCACCCGCACCUCCCUCACCCUCCGCGGCAACGUCCGCAACCUCUUCUCCCUUCCGAACUGCUUCCGAUCCGUCACUCUCCUCGACCUCUCUCUCCUCUCUCCUUGGGGUCACUCUCUCCUCCCCGAUCCCUACCUCCUCUCCACCUCCUUCCCCAACCUCACCUCCCUCACUCUCUACUCUCGAAACCCUAACACUCUGCAACUCCUGGUCCCGCAAUGGCCGCAAUUGAAUCACAUCAAGCUCGUCCGAUGGCACCAGAGGCCUCAAUUGCCUCCCGGAGACGAAUUCGCUCCUCUCUUCCAACACUGCUCUGCUCUGUGUUCUCUCGAUCUCUCCUCCUUCUAUUGCUGGACCGACGAUAUUGCUCCGGCGCUCCAAUCCUUUCCCAAUCUCGCAUCCAACCUCACGAAGCUAGAUCUGCUUAAUCCCUCUUUCGCGGAGGGUUUCAAGUCUGUGGAGAUCAGAGCAAUCACGGAAGCUUGCCCUAAUCUGAAUGAGUUGAAAAUAGCUUGCAUGUUUGACUCUAGAUACAUUGGGUUUGUGAAUGAUGAAGCUUUGCUGUCCAUUGCUGCUAAUUGUCCGAAACUGUGUCUGCUUCAUUUGGUGGAUUCGUCGGCUCUGUUGAACGCGAGGGGUGAUCCGAAUGAUGAAGGGUUUGCUCAGGAGGACUCUGUGAUCAGUGUUGCUACUCUGGUGGAGCUGUUUUCGGGUUUGCCAUUGCUCGAAGAGCUUACUCUGGAUGUUUGUAAGAAUGUCAAGAACAGUGGACCAGCUUUGGAGAUGCUGAAUUUGAAGUGUCCCAAGCUGAGAUCGCUUAAGCUGGGACAGUUUCAUGGGUUGUGUACCACGAUUGAUUCUCGGCUGGAUGGCAUUGCCCUUUGUCAAGGGAUUGAAGCUUUGUCGAUUAAGAACUCGGCAGACUUGACUGAUAUGGGAUUGAUAGCCAUUGCUAGAGGGUGUUCAAGGUUGGCAAAGUUUGAAGUUGAGGGGUGCAAGAAGAUUACGAUGAGAGGAAUGAGGACGUUGGCCUGUUUGCUUCGUCGGACUUUGGUGGAUGUCAAGAUUUCUUGCUGCAAUAAUCUUGGUGCAGCAUCUUCUAUAAAAGCUCUGGAGCCAAUUCAGGAUCGUAUUCAGAGGAUACAUAUAGAUUGUGUUUGGGAUAGCGUCGAACAGUUGGAGAAUUUUGGUAGGGUUGAAUACAAUUUUGAUCUCAAUGAACCGGAAGAGGAGAGGAAUUCGAAACAGACAGUGGAAUCUGCAAAUUUCUUUCAAAGUAGAGACUAUGAGGAAAUCUGCAAAAGGAAGAAGAAAUGCAAGUAUGCUGAUGAUCUGAGUUGUUCCUCCCGUAUACAAAGCAAUGGCAACGGGCAUGGAUAUUGUCACAAGACAUGGGACAGCCUGCGAUAUCUUUCACUCUGGAUUGCUGUUGGAGAGCUUUUGACUCCGCUGCAAACAAUAGGUCUCGAGAAUUGCCCUAAUCUGGAGGAGAUUCGAAUUAGGGUUGAAGGAGAUUGUAGGGAAUGGUCGAGACCUUCAGAGCGUGCAUUUGCAUUUGGUUUAAGCUCCCUCACUUGUUUUCCUCGGCUAUCAAAGAUGCAUUUGGAUUGCGGAGACACAAUAGGUUAUGCCCACACUGCACCAUUUGGGCAGAUGGACCUGAGCCUCUGGGAGCGGUUCUACCUGUUUGGGAUUGGAAAUUUGAAUCUGAAUGAACUCGAUUAUUGGCCGCCACAAGACAGGGAUGUCAACCAGAGGAGUCUCUCACUUCCGGCAGCAGGCUUGCUUGCAGAAUGUGCAACGCUGAGGAAGCUUUUCAUUCACGGGACAGCUCAUGAACAUUUCAUGAAUUUCCUUCUAAGAAUUCCGAAUCUUAGGGAUGUACAGUUGAGAGAAGAUUACUAUCCAGCGCCCGAGAAUGAUAUGAGUACAGAGAUGAGAGUGGACUCAUGUAGUCGCUUUGAAGAAUCGUUGAAUAGGCGUCAGAUCUCUGAUUGAGAUAAGUUAGCACUCUGUCCUGGUAAAAACCUAAAAUUUCGAUUAUAGUAAUGCAAGAAAUUCCACCUGACCAGGCUUGUAUGAUUUUUGAGAAUCAAAGUUCUUUGACAUUUUGUCCUUUUAUAAUAUAAGAGCUGUGUUUA